ACAAAGUCUUGAUUCAAAUUCCGCGCAGAAGCUUUCCAGAUAUCUUCAAUGGAACAUCAAAUCUCUCGAUACGAAAACCUGGUGGUGGAAGUACUUACAGAUCUUCCGACGCCGUCACGAAUUCCAAAACAUCCGUCACGAAUCGAACACAUCGGCCUAAUCUUCACCCUCCGUCACCGUCGCAGCCACUUCGAGGUAUCGGAGAGCGGCGAACGACGACUAAUCCAGCAGCGAGAAACCCUAAAAAUUCCACUCUGCGACAAUCAAUUCCGCGCCGAAAUCUUCAAUCGAGACGACGAUUCUCUGUUCCACAACCUCUCCAGUAGUUUCCAGAACUUCAAACCAGAAAUCGACGCGGAACCGGUCGCUGAUGCCCUAAUUGAGCGGUGGAUUGAAAUUAGGGACGAAGCGAAUUCGAGAAGCUCGGACAGAGUGUUUCCGAUGACGGUGAAUUUGACGAUGUGGCACAUUGUGGCUCGGUAUGAAAUCGGCGUCGGUAGUGGUGGAGACGGCUGCGGAAUGGUGCCGGCGUGCGGCGGCGCGGUUGGGAAGAUGUUGAGGAGAUUGGAGAGGGAGGAUGAAGUGGAUGGAAUUUGUGUGAUCUGUUUGGAUGAAUUGAAGAAAAAGAAGAAGAAGAAUGGAAGAUUUGGUUUACAGAUGCCUUGUUUACAUGUGUUUCAUGGGAAUUGCAUUGAAGAUUGGUUGAAGAAUAGCCAUUAUUGUCCGAUUUGUAGAUUUGAAGUGCCAAUCCAAAAGAAUUCCCAAUUGUUUUAGGUUUAGUUUGAUCAUUAUUAGGGUUUUAAUUCGAUAGCGAUCUCGCUUUU